GAAACUAAAAUAAAGGUAAAGAAAAAGAAAAGAAAAAAAGAAAAAGAAAAGAUUAACAACAACUACAACACCCACACACUCCAUCACCGCACCAAACAAAAGCCCCUUUUCCCUCUUUCGCACUCGCUAGGGUUUUCUCUAUUCGCAUCUCAAUUUUCCGAUAUUCUCCAUGGAUGAGGUUCCUGUGUUGGAAGAGAAUGAAACAAAGUCUGAGGCGCAUUUGACUUCUGCUGCUGCUUUUGUGGAAGGUGGAAUUCAGGAUGCUUGUGAUGAUUCUUGCAGUAUAUGCCUUGAAUCCUUCUCUGACAGUGAUCCUUCUACGGUGACGAGUUGCAAGCACGAGUUUCAUCUUCAAUGUAUUCUGGAAUGGUGUCAGAGGAGCUCCCAGUGUCCUAUGUGUUGGCAAUCUAUCAGUCUCAAGGAUCCCACGAGCCAGGAAUUGCUCGAGGGAGUUGAGAGGGAGAGGAACUUUAGGUUAAAUCCGUCUAGAAAUGCCACAAUAUUUCAUCAUCCAACACUGGGGGAUUUUGAGUUACAACAUUUGCCAGUUGGAGCAAAUGAUGCUGAUCUUGAAGAGCGUAUAAUCCAACACUUGGCUGCUGCAGCAGCAAUGGGGCGAGCACGCCAUAUUGCUAGAAGGGAAGGCCAGAGAAAUAGGUCAUCAGCUCAAGGUCGCCCACAGUAUUUGGUAUUUUCAGCUCAUCCCAAUUCACCUCCUAUGGCUCCUGCUUCUUCCUCUCCAUCUCAGAGAGGGGAUGGUGAACCAACUCAUGCGACUGGAGAAGACACACCACAGCUCACUUUGAUUCCUCCAGUUCAAACUGACCAGGUUUCUGCUUCAGGAUCUGGGUCUACUGCUCCUGCUACCGACAAUCAAGGAUUAUCAUAUAACAGGAGAUCUCCUAGUCAGUCUUCUCCAAGCAGCCAAGACAGAGCAGGACCAUCAGAACUCCAGUCAUUUUCAGAAUCUCUGAAAUCUAAACUUAAUGCUGUGUCAACAAGAUACAAAGAGUCCAUUUCGAAGAGCACAAGAGGGUGGAAGGAGAGGUGGUUCUCUCGAAACAGCCCUAUGUCUGACCUUGGAUCUGAAGUUAAGCGAGAAGUUAAUGCAGGGAUUGCAUCUGUGUCACACAUGAUGGAACGGUUGGAGACUAGAGAGAAUGAUAGAAGCAAUGGCAAUUCUGCUCCAAGUAAUUUAGAGGACGGUUCAAUUCAGGGAUCAAAUGAUCAGCAUUUAGCUGACAGUGAAAGGGACAGUCUUUUAAGAGACAAUGACAUAAAAACAUCUUGCACUGCAGGUUCUAGUUCAAAUUAAGCAUAUAGAAGGAAUUGCUUGAACUCAGAUCUGUUUUGUCUUAAAGGUAGGAAUAGAGUUGCCCAUUACUGGAUGUGAAGUUUUGUGGAUGUCGCGGAUUGAUAAUCCUUUGACCUGCAAAAGAUGACCGACAAUUGUCAUAUUGGAAAUAAAGAACUUAAAACAAAGAUAGUGGUGGUCUCAUUUGUUUGUUACUCGGGAACCUAAAUGUGAUUGUGUAUAUUCAGCUCACCUUGUAAACUUAUUUAUAAAUUAUAUAGAUAUUCCUGAGAUAAUCUUCACAUAAAACACUGUCUCUUGUACCUAUCUAUCAGUGUUUUUAAGCAUA